AUGAGCUCCUCCAGAGACGAACGAGCCAAGGCGGCCAAGGCAUUUCUCAACAAAAAGAUCCCUUCAAUAUUAAAGUCAAAUUCAAGAGCCAGAAGAGGCAUCGAAAGCGUCCAAUUAAUUGUAGAUCCGCCUCGAAUAGCUCCCAAAAGAGAUGCAACGGCCGCUACAAGCGCAGAGUUUACAAAACAAACAGACGACAACAAUGACUCAGAUCCAGCAUCUUACGAGGCUCCCUCCACCACUUUAGCUUCCAAAUUCAUCAGAGUUUGGCCUGUAGAUACUCUAGAAGCUGCAUCAAGAUUAAUUAAAUCUGGUUCAGCCCGAAUUGCUGUCCUCAAUAUGGCCUCUCCCCUUCGUCCUGGAGGCGGUGUCCUCACAGGGGCUACAUCACAAGAAGAAUGGCUAUGCUCCAGAACUACGCUAUAUCCAUCUCUCCGCGAAGAAUUCUACCGUCUCCCUGAAGUGGGUGCCAUCUACACGCCUGAUGUGCUCGUUUGCAAGACGUGGGAUCCAGAACCAUCCGAUCUCAAACCGGCAGAUCAGUUCUUUAUCGAUGUCAUCACGGCAGCCAUGCUACGCCUCCCAGACGUUGAGACAAAUCAACACGGCGAGAUGUCGUAUUCGGAACAAAAGGACAGAGAUAUGGUUUUAGCCAAGAUGCGAUGCGUAAUGCGAACUCUCCGGUCUCGUCACAUAAAUCGUGUUGUUCUAGGCGCUUGGGGCUGUGGCGCUUAUGGAAAUCCCGUUGAGGAAGUUGCAAGAGCAUGGAGGAGAGUUCUGCUGGGGCCACAAGCAAAGAGAACUCAGACGGUUGAAGUGUAUCAAGACAUGGAAGUGGUAUUUGCUAUCAAGGAUCACAAUAUGGCCCGUAGGUUUACAACUGCCUUUGGGGCUGAGGCCGUCUUGGAUAAUGGUGAUAGCAGUGUCACUGAUUAG